AUGACCUCAAAUAACACAGAUAGAGAGACAACCCUCUACUUGUACAAUCCAAGUCAUAUAUUACCAGCUGUCUUCGCCGCCCUAGUUGGAUUGUCUUUCCUCCUCCAUGUCUACCAAAACUAUCGCUAUCGAUUUUGGCGCGUCACCUUCUUCAUCUCCUGGGGUGGAGCCCUUUUCACCGCGGGCUGGAUUCUCCGCUGCAUAUCGAGUUACCAUCCAACAAACCUGAACUUGUAUAUCGCAUCAACGGUCUUCAUCUAUGUCGGCCCACCGGUGUACUCAGCCGCCGCAUAUAAUCUGAUUGGACGCCUCAUGAACUACUUACCUAUGCACGCGGUCCUCAACCCAAACCGUGUCCUCAUCUUCUUUGUCUAUGUGGGCGCUGCUGUAGAAGCAACUACGGUUGCAGGAGCAGCCAAGAAUGCAUCAGCCGGCUCUGAUUUGGACAAGUACAAAACCGGCGGGACGCUCGUCGCUGCGGGGCUUGUCCUCCAAGCAGUUGUUGAAUGCUGCGUGAUCGCUGUCGUUGCGACUGUCCACGUCCGCUGCUCUCGGGCACGAAUGCUCUCGCCAAACGUCCGUAUACUCUGCAUCACACUCUACGGCACAUCGACUCUUGUCUUGCUGCGCUGUAUCUUCCGUGCGGUCGAGUCAUUCAAGAAGUUUAGCGAUCUCGGCUGCCGGGAGAACUGUGGAACUAUUCUCAGCAACGAAUGGUAUCUGUAUGCAUUUGAGCUGGGCCCUAUGCUUUUAUAUACUUGGUGGCUUAACCUAAUGCAUCCUGGUCGGCAUCUACCUCGUGAAAAAGAACGCUAUCUGUGCCCUGAUGGUCGAACAGAGCGGAUGGGCCCCGGCUGGAUUGACCGUCGGUCUCAGUGGGAGACCUUUGCUGAUCCCUUGGAUUUGAAGGGGAUGCUCAAAGGCACACCUUCUCACGAGAAGUAUUGGCUACGACCGGAUGAAUGGCCUGUGUGCAAGGAGGGUAGCUUUGCUAUGGGGACUGCUACCAACAAGAGGAUUGCAUUUGAGGACGAAAGGGACCUUGCUCCGCUUAGUCCUUCUGUUUGA